AUGAACUCCAAUUCAAAUGGCGAUCAAUCAACAAGUUCUACAGAUAAAAACUCGCUUAGAGCUCCAGCAAUUUCUUCACAAGAGUUGAAUCUAUUAAUCUUAUCUUAUUUACAAGAUUCAGGUUUUAAUCAUACCGCUUUCACUCUCAAUACUGAAGCUAGUCUCCCUUUGACUAAACCAACUGGACCUUUGGAACGCGGUUUACUGAUAAAGUACUUACAGAAAGGUUUAUUAUAUGAUGAAAUUGAGAAAUCUGUUCGUACCGAUGGUACCAUUGUUCCUUACGAAAGGCCCCUUAGAUUAUUAAAAGAUGUCGACGUUCAAGACUUCUCAAUAGCUGAAGCUUCAGCUCCACCGCCGCUUCCACCUGCACUCAUUGCUCCAAUGGCUAGUGAUAGACCUGCUAAUGCUCAAAUUGUUGUUGAUCCUUCUUCUCAAAUAGCAAAUUCUAAAAGAAAACAACCUGAAUCAUCCGAUGAAGCAGAUGAUGACUCUACAGUAUCAGUUGAGACUGAAAGAAAUGGCGACAAGUAUAGGAGAACUGCUAGAGAUUCCAACAAGUUCAAGGUUAAAUCUUCAGGCGCAGCAGCAACACCACCUAAACCUAAAUUUAAACCUGGUGAAGCACCUCGUGAACAAAUGAAGAAACUUACAAAGGCCGAAGCUAUUUGGUUAGAGGGUCACAUGGGUAAUGUAUAUGCAACUGCUUUCAAUCCAAAGUACAGUAAUGUUGCUGCUAGCAGCGGUGCAGAUGGUAUUCUCAAGAUAUGGACAUUACCAGCAGUUGGUAGAGAAAUGAAAGGAAAAACCCUCGAAGUUAUCGACUGCUCACAGUUGAAGGGUCCUCCUCGUAAAGGCGACGGUCGUGACAUUACUACAAUCGCAUGGAGUUCGGAUGGUGAAAUGAUUAUGACCGGCGCAUAUGAUGGUAGUGUCUGGAUAUGGACCAGAAAUGGUGAUGUCCUUAUGGAGAAGCGUGUACACAAAGGUCCUGUUUUCUCUGUAAAGUUCAACAAAGAUGGUACAAGAGCCUUGACCGCUGGUCUGGAUAAGCGUACGAUUGUCUGGGACAUUCAGACAUUCGAGAUUGAACAACAAUGGCAAUUCCAUAUGGGAUCAAUCCUCGACGCAGAUUGGCUCGACAAUGAUAUCUUAGCAACCGCAGGAGGUGACCGAAUUAUUUAUGUAUUCAAAUGUGGUGAUGCCGAGCCUAUCAAGGCACUUUUUGGACAUACUCGUGAAGUCAAUCAAGUCAGAUGGGAUCCUUCUGGAGAGUAUCUCGCGUCUGGAUCCGACGAUGCGACUAUAAGAGUAUGGAAAUUCAGUAAAGAAGAGCCAUAUGAGCGUAGACCACCACCAGACAGUGAUUGUAUACGCGUUAUGCGUGGACAUGAACGUGAAAUUGGUUGCUUAAUAUGGGCACCACAAUCUAAUUAUUUGGAUAAGCCAUUACUUCUAUCUGGAGGAAUGGACGGACAUGUUCGUCUUUGGAAUGCAGAAUCAGGAGAAUUAAUGUGGAAAUGUCGUCAUUCAAAGAAUCAUGUGUUUACAGCUGAUUUCAGUCCUGAUGGGCGUAUGUUAGCCGUUGGUGGUGCAGAUGGUAGAAUAACACUUUGGCAAUCAACGACUGGACAAAUCCAAAAGGAUUGGAUCACGAAUAAUGGAUUAUACGAUCUAAGAUGGCAAUCUCCAGAUGGCAAUAGAAUAAUAUUCGGUACCAAGAAUGAAGGUUUAGCUGUGAUUGAUGUAUCAAAACUUUCAUAG